UUUCUAGAAGCAUCAGAGUCUCAUUCUCAUUCAACUUCUGUCCUUUUUCAAAAGACGUUCGGUCAUAAUACCAACACAGUGUUCCCACUGUUGCACAGCACACUCUUAAAUCUAGGCUAAAAGACGAAAACAGGAUGAAUGGGACAGUGGACUACGACUCCCAGCACUACGAUGGGUCCUUCAUGUUUACCUCUGAGUCUGUGGGAGAAGGACACCCUGAUAAAAUAUGCGACCAGAUCAGCGAUGCUGUGCUAGAUGCUCACCUGAAGCAAGACCCUGAUGCCAAGGUUGCCUGUGAGACAGUGUGUAAGACUGGAAUGGUUCUGCUCUGUGGAGAGAUCACAUCUCGGGCUAACGUAGAUUAUCAGAAAGUGGUGAGAGACACCAUCAGAUAUAUUGGCUAUGACAACUCCGAUAAAGGUUUUGACUAUAAGACCUGCAAUGUGCUUGUGGCUCUUGAGCAGCAAUCCCCUGACAUUGCCCAGGCUGUUCACAUUGACCGCACUGAGAGUGACAUCGGAGCGGGAGAUCAGGGUCUGAUGUUUGGCUACGCAACUGAUGAGACAGAGGAGUGCAUGCCUCUGACGAUCGUCCUCGCCCACAAACUCAACUCCAAGAUGGCGGAACUGAGGCGGAACGGGACAGUCCCAUGGCUGCGCCCUGAUUCCAAAACCCAGGUCACCGUUCACUACACCCAGGAGAAUGGUGCAGUCAUCCCCAGGAGAGUCCACACAGUGGUCAUUUCAGUGCAGCACGAUGACUUUGUCAGUCUGGAGGAACAGAAGGAGAUUCUCAAAGAGAAGGUCAUCAAAGCUGUGGUUCCUUCCAAGUACCUGGAUGUGAAUACCAUCUACCACCUACAGCCCAGUGGACGCUUUGUCAUUGGUGGACCUCAGGGUGACGCGGGUGUGACUGGUAGGAAGAUCAUUGUGGACACCUAUGGUGGCUGGGGGGCCCACGGGGGAGGAGCCUUCUCUGGUAAAGACUACACCAAGGUGGAUCGCUCCGCAGCCUAUGCUGCCCGCUGGGUGGCUAAAUCCCUGGUCAAGGCCAAUCUCUGCAGGAGGGUCCUGGUACAGGUGGCCUAUGCUAUCGGAGUGGCCCACCCUUUAUCCAUAUCCCUUUUCACCUACGGUUCUUCCCAGAAGAAUGAGAAGGAGCUGUUACAGAUUGUCAACAAGAACUUUGACCUCAGACCAGGGGUCAUAGUGAGAGACUUGGAUUUGAAGAGGCCCAUCUACCAGAAGACAGCUUGCUACGGUCAUUUUGGCAGGAAGGAGUUUCCUUGGGAGGUUGCAAAGAACCUGAACUUCUAAUGUGUGUGAAGGUGUAGGGCAUCAGGCAGUGGCAUAGACCGCUGUCUAAAGGGCUGCUGUGAUCCAGAAGGGGAGAGGCAGCUGUUAGGGAGGGAGAGGGGAGAGGAUGGGGUACCUGAUCCUUCUGUGGAAAAUAAUACCCCAAAUAUCUGUCUUACGGGGAGGUACAGGAAGGGGGAGUGUGUGAUUUAUAACCUUCUUCUCAGCGGUCAUCAGAUCACAUGGCUUUCAGGUAUUUUUAACUCAUAGCUACAAUCCGCACACUCUUGUUCAUGCAGUAUGAUACACGUUUAUUUAUCUCUUGGUAUAGCCGUAGUUUGCAAGGCUGUCCUAGAGCUGGAAUGAUAAUAUUUUGUAAGGUUGAAUACACAUUAGACUAGUUCUAUAUGUGCUGAACUACUUUUCAUAAAAAGCCAAUGACCAAAUUACAAGGCAUACUAGACAAACUUUACUCUGUGGUGAUUGUUUGCUACAGAGAAACACAAUGUCUUAAUAAUGAUCAAUACCAACAAAUAUGUGAUAACUAUUGUUGACACAUUCAAUCCACUUGAUUCCCUUUGUCUAAAACCUGUUGUUUAAUCAAAUGGUGGUUGAUUGUACACAUUAAUCAUUGAUAGGUCUGCAUGUUUUAACAAGGGCUUUAUUUGCAAAUAUUUUAUGAACGGAAAAAACGGAUAACCAUUAUGUCUCCUAAAAAUGGCAGCCGGAAAAUACUUUAAAGGGAUGAUGGCAAUUAACAGUCAAAUAAUUCUACAACAGAGGAAGAGAAGAGAAUAAUGAGACAAGUGCUCUUAACACAGUAUUGGUGUGCAGAUCUUUUCAAACACAUCCAUAGCUCUUACUUGCUUAUGAGGAAUGCUAAAGAAUGUAAAUAAGCUUUUUGAAAAAUAAAACAUUUUAACAUUAGUGUUUUCUAAUAUUGUAUAAAGCACAAUACAUAUUUAUAUUUUCUUUUAAUACCUGAAAUAUUCUGCAGCAUACAUUAUAAAACAAAAUAAAUCACAAAAUGCAAUAAAGAGUUUACAUUAACAAUGUAAAUUUUCAAAAAGGCAUUCAAAGAAAUAAAUUUAGAAAUAAAUCAUUUUUUAAACAAUCACCUAACACUUUCAAAAGGGUAAAUCCUCUCAACAUAUCUUGAUGUUUGGUUGUCUUUUUAAAGCAAUCCUUUGUACUCACAUGUAAAAAGGUUUACACAAUAUAAUAAUUACAUGUUGAAAGAAUAUACAUAAAAUUAUAAUUCAUCCAUAUCUAUCUAAUCCUUGAAUAUAUCUUUUCCCAUUAAGAGGCACUGAGCAGAACUUAGUGAUGGAACAGAUAUUCCUGAGAAGAAAAAAGUUAACUGAUUGAAGAGCCAACAUAAAAAACACCAUUACUGACCAACAUCCUUUAAGACUUACAAGGCACCUCCAAGAUACUGGCAAGACAGCAAGUCCUUGUGUGUGAAAGGGAUUCUUUAAUUACUGAAGUGAGGGAAAGCGAUUUUGUGUUGUGUGUGGGUGUAGGGUGUGUGCGCGGCGCGUACCUGUAGUAUGAGUUGUGUCUGUGUGUAUUGUCUACUGUUUCAAAAGGCACUUGUAACACAUGCUAUAUACACUUCCGUCUGUACAACUAUCAAAUAUUCCUUUUUUUUGUCGUAGGUUAAAAAAGCUUUGGUGUUACAACUAAAGUCUGUGCAAAUAAAGACAUGACUACUU